AUGGUCACCAAGAACUGUUGGCACAACCGCCCCAUCUUCAGCUUCAUCAUCAGGAUUCUCCAAGAACUGGACCAUGCAGAUCACUUAACGGCCUUCAUGUUCAUGACUGAACUGCUCCAGUGCCCAGAUGUGGCGGCCACGGUGGAUGAAGUCACAGUGCACAUUUUGGCAAACUGGUUCCAAUGUGAGCAGCCAGCCAUAAUAAAGCUAUUGCUGCGGGUGGUGGAGACCUUCGCAAAGCACGGGAACAUGGUGCGACAGCUCCGGGUCCUCGAGCCCCACGUGCUGGGCUGCUGCUACUCCCUGGACAAUGACGUUGUGAUGGAGACUUUCUCGGUGCUCAGGCGUCUCGUCGAGCACCUCACCUGGAAGCACUCCUCCUCAUUCCUUAUCCAGAUCUCCUUCACGCUGGGGCCCCGCUUUGAGGAGGAGUCAGAGCCUCUGCGCUUGAUGGCCUUUGAGAUCUACGGGGCUCUCUUGGCUAAGGUCAAGAGGACAGCACUUGUCUUCCCCUUGAAGCACCAGGUCCUCAACGUGAUUGUCCUCCUUGUGCUCCAUCUGGAGGACGCGAAUGUCAGCGUGGCUCAGAUCUGCCGGCUUGCCCUCUGCCACACAGCCACCAUACUGGGCUGGUCAAGACUCAAAGUGAUAUUUGCCAAGGAAGAUGUGUGGACUAUCCUCAGAGCGCUGCUGAAGCAGGAGGAAAACAAAGCCCUCUGGUUUCUGAAGCAGUGCUUGAUUCUCUUCAAGAACCGGCAGGCCCCCAUCCGCCAGGCAGCUGUACGGUUUGCAGGCCAGAUCCUCCAAACCCUUGAUGCAGAAGAAGCCGGUGAAAUUGAGGAAAUAUAUUCAGCCCUUAAGUACUUGCGGGAAGACCCCGACUCCAUGGUCAGCUGCCUCGCCACUCAGACCAUCUACAUCCUGGAGGCCAAGGAGAAGCUGAUGGUCAACACCCCUACCUCCUGCUUCUGCACCAGGAGGCCUCGAAAGAGCUACUCCUGAGCCUGCAUCCUUGGGUCCUGGCCAGGGCGACUGAGACUGUGACAACAGCGACAGCGGGGCCAGGCCCCUGAGCCCUGCCCUAGAAAUGGAUGUGUGUCCUUGCAAGACCUCUGAAAUAAAAGGAGAA